AUUUUCGGGAAAUGAGGACAGGCUGCAGUAACAUCAUCAGAACCAUCUACACAAGCAUUCUGGGGCGUUGGAGGUUGCCUUUUUGCUGCCAUCUACAACUUUGCUUUUGGGAGAAGAGACUGGCCAGCUUUCAUGGACGGGGCGUACAAAUCUGACACCAGACAGAUCAGCCACACGGACAGAAGAUUUGCUUACUUCUUAUUAGAGCUACUAGGACAUAUCAUGGCUGGGAGACGUUUCUCCUACAUUUUUGUCCAACAACAACGCGCAAUCCACGUUGCUUUUUUACUCAGACGACUGUCACUUCAUCCACUGUGCCGCUUCUUGAUGUUUACGUCCAUGUUCUACCGACCCGUUGUUCCGAAUUCAGAUCCAGCUCGUCGUGGCUACUCAACGGUUGUUGGCUCUUUGCUGUGUAUCCUGGUGAGACGUCAAGACACACUUCAACCCCCUACAUAUGUCCUAGUAGACUUGCUGCAAAUAUUCGAGCGCGCUUCUAGGAACCCGCUUCUGGAUCGCAGGCAAGGGAUGAAGUUGGCGGUGCAGUACCCGGCUGAGGCCGAAUCCCCAACCACCCACACAACGCACACACAAGCCCGAUGAUCUCAAGCAAGUCUUUGUUUCUUUUUGCUAUUCACAUUGAUCAGCGACCAGCGACUAGGUCACACUAGUCGGGGUGGCUCCCAUUAGUAUGGUUCUUUGAAUCUUGAGGCUGAAUAAAGGGGGCCCUUUUUCUCUACCUACCCU